CAUUGGUUAUUCAUAUCUUUGCGCCUCGUCUCGUCUCGAGUCGACUCCACCCAUGUCUUCUCUUCCAUCUUCAUUUCCUUUUCCGGAUUAGUAUUUUACAGUCCAACUAAUAUUAAAGAAUCCAUCUUUAACCCCCGAUUCUCAAACCCGAGCUCGCUUAAACACCCCCAAAAAGUUAAGAUAAAAAAAGGAAAUUGAAUAAUGGCCUUCCAUGUCGCCUGUCCAAUUACCUGCCGGAAGAUAUGUUUCUGCGAGUUGGGUUUUACGGGGAAGCUGCGGACCGAGAAGGGCAGGAAAGAUUUUUUGGAGGAGGUUGCAAGGGUUGAGCAGUUCUUGAACGACCCGUGGCUGAUCAAAUCGAGGGAGAAUGCCACGAUUCAGGUUAAGGUCCCGAAGGUGGUUGUUUCCCAGGCCCCGCCACCUCCGCCGCUCCAAUUGCUGGGGGCGGGGGAUGAGGCGACCUCUGUGGAGGGAGGCUCGGCGCAGGUGAAGAGGGCUGCGCUGCAGAAGCAAGCUGCCGCGGCGUCAAUGGUGGCUGAGGAUUACGCGAGGCGGUUUGAGUCGGGUGAUUUGAAGGAUGUUGCUGGAGAAGAGCAAGGCAAUUCCAGUGCCAAAGUAAUGUGCCGGCGGUGCUUUACUGGUGAGACAGACGGAAGUGAGAGAGCAAGAAAGAUGCUGUCUUGCAAUACUUGUGGCAAGAAGUAUCACAGAGGUUGUGUGAAAGUUUGGUCUCGACAUAGAGAUCUUUUUCACUGGAGUUCAUGGAAGUGCCCCUCUUGCCGUCUAUGUGAGGUUUGCCGGAGGACUGGAGAUCCAAAUAAGUUUAUGUUCUGUAAAAGAUGUGACGGUGCAUAUCACUGUUACUGUCAGCAGCCACCACACAAGAAUGUUGGCCAAGGGCCUUAUCUAUGUCCAAAACACACCAAAUGUCAUAGCUGUGGUUCUUCUGUCCCAGGAAAUGGACUAAGCGUAAGGUGGUUUCUGGGUUAUACUUGCUGUGAUGCGUGUGGAAGAUUAUUUGUGAAGGGAAAUUACUGCCCAGUUUGUUUGAAGGUCUACAGAGACUCUGAAUCAACUCCUAUGGUUUGCUGUGAUAUCUGUCAAUCCUGGGUGCACUGUCCCUGUGACGGGAUCAGUGAUGCAAAAUACAUGCAAUUUCAAGUAGAUGGCAAUCUCCAAUAUGUUUGUCCUGCAUGCCGGGGAGAGUGUAGCCAGAUCAGGAAUCUCGAAGAGGCUGUUCAAGAGCUUUGGAGACGAAGAGAUGAAGCUGAUCGAGACUUGAUAUCAAGCUUGAGGGCAGCUGCUGGUUUGCCCACUCAAGAAGAAAUUUUCAACAUUAUGCCCUUUUCAGAUGAUGAAGAGAGUGGAACUUUGCCACCUAAGAAUGAACAUGGCCGUGCAUUGAAGUUUUCUGUUAAAGAGUCGGGUGAUAAAUCCCCCAAAAAGACCAAAGACUAUGGCAAAAAGUCCUCGAAAAAGUCUUCCAAGAAAAAGGAGAAUAUUGUGGGAGAGGAUGAUGCGAAAGCUAGAUAUAGUGCUGUUGACAUUAAGAAUGAAAAUACACAAUUAUCGGGUGAACCUGCAACCUCUUCACCUGCUAUUGGAAGGACAACUGGAACCCUUCUGGAAGCGAAUGAGACAGUUGGUUCCAAAAGAAAAAAUGUUGAUGAGGUUGCACCUGCCAGUACCGCCAAGGCACCUAGAACUAUCAGAAUAAAGAGCAACAAAUCUCAAGGCUCAGCUAACAAGGAUGAAAGUGAAACUAAUAUAGCUGCUCCAAAGGCUGCACAGGGUCCAAAGCUCGUUAUACACUUGGGCGGGCGGGGCAAAGGUUCUGAAGUUUUGAGCUUGAAAGGCGGACAGGAUUUAACCUCAUCAAAUGGUCAAAAACUGGACCAAAUGGAUCAAGCAAAAGGUUCCAGGCUACGAGAAAAAGACAGGGAAUCGAUCAAGUUCAAGAUGGCCAAUUCAGAAAUCUCAAAACAGAGUGAGGAAGAGUCUGCUGCAGGUGAAACAAUCGAUGACAGUAGCAGCGUCCCUUCUGCUUCAGAGGCUCCAACAAAGGACCGCAGGCCCUUUUUAAAGUUUAAAAUUCCCAAGAACCCCAGCACGGGAAACCAAAAUGUUUCUACUAACUCAAAAACUGGAAGCCAGGGUGAAUUUUCUCUUGCUGCCAAGGAUAAGAUGGCUUGUACCAGGGGUCAAAGGUCAAAGAGGAGGCGGCCGGCGCCAGGUGAUGAAGAGGCAUCCCAAAUUCAUGGAGAUGAUACAGUUAAGAAUUUUGCUGAUGCCAAUUGGAUACUUGAAAAGUUGGGAAAAGAUGCGGCUGGAAAACGAGUUGAAAUUCAUCAUCCAUCCAAUGAUUCCUGGCAUCGUGGGACAGUGAUAGAAGUCUCUGACCGCACCUCCACAGUUUCUAUUGCUCUCGAUGAUGGACAGACGAAGAGCUUCGAACUUGGCAAGCAAGGAAUUCGAUUUGUUUCUCAGAAGCAAAAGCAUUGAUUCUGUGCUGAGUGCUUCAAUCUUUUCCCCUUGUGUUUGGGGGGUGAGGUUAACAUUCUCCAGCCUGAGAUUCUUGCAGGGGACUGUUUGACUGCAGUUGAAGUUUAUGGCCACUUUUGAUGCACUUGUGCCCCUGAUGUUCUUGUACACUAUCUUCUCUACUUGCACUCCGGAUUUCUGCAGGUUUGACAUCCAUUUUUAUUAGUAAUUCUUGCCCCAAUUUGCGCCUGUUUUUUCGAUUAAAUGCAUGUGGAGGGUAAAGCAGUUUGUUCUUAUGUGAAGAACAAAAGAACCCCCUAAUCUGUACAUCCUUUUUUGUGGUUUAGUUUGAUUUUUAACAAGUGCCAUAUAUGAAUCAAAUACCUUUUAUUAUUAUGUUUGAA